CCGGCGGCGGCUGCCGGACUGGGUCUGGGUCCUCUGCCAGACUUUGUCCGCGGCAUGUGUAGCCCCAUCCAGGAAGAAGCUCUGUGGUGUGCGGAUAGUGAGUUUGCUCAAGGAAGUCAGACUCUUCACAAGGAAUAACUAGACGUGAGAAGCAGCAUGGAUGAGCUGGCACCAGUAGAAGGGGAGGGCCAGCUCCCAAGCCCUCACCACCAGGGCUCUCUGAGGAAGGCUGUGGCUGCUGCCUUGGCCCUGGAUGGGGAAUCCACAAUCGGUCACAGGAAAAAGAAGAGGAAAGAGUCCCGCCCUGAAUCUAUCAUAAUCUACCGGUCAGAAAAUGAGAAACUAGAUGAGGGGCCUGGGGAAUCAGAAAGUGGAGACCGGCCUAAAGAAGAGGAGGGAGACGAUUUCCUAGAUUAUCCUGCAGAUGAAGGGAUGUGGAACAUGCCUUUGGACAGCCGCUAUGUCACGUUAACUGGCACCAUCACACGAGGAAAGAAGAAGGGCCAGAUGGUGGACAUCCAUGUCACACUGACAGAGAGGGAGCUGCAAGAAUUGACGAAGCCUAAAGGGUCAUCAAGGGAGAUAACACCUGAAGACAGAAAGGCCUGCCAAAUGGGAGCAGAUCGUGGGCCCCAUGUCGUCCUCUGGACACUGGUCUGUCUGCCUGUGGUCUUUAUCCUCUCUUUUGUUGUCUCUUUCUACUAUGGCACGAUCACCUGGUACAACAUCUUCCUUGUGUACAAUGAGGAGAGGACCUUCUGGCACAAGAUCUCAUGUUGCCCCUGCCUCAUUCUCUUCUAUCCAGUGCUCAUCAUGGCCAUGGCCUCUUCCCUGGGCCUCUAUGCUGCUGUGGUCCAGCUCUCAUGGUCCUGGGGAGCAUGGUGGCAAGCUGCCCGGGACAUGGAGAAAGGCUUCUGUGGCUGGCUGUGCAGCAAGCUAGGUCUGGAGGACUGCUCCCCCUACAGCAUUGUCGAGUUGCUGGACGCUGACAAUAUCUCAGGCAAUCUCUCCAACAAGGACCCCACCCAGGAAGUAGAAACUUCCACUGUCUAAACUUCCAACAACUUCCAUCCUUCUCUGGUCCUAGUAGCCUAUUGUCUCCCGAUUCCAGGAGAUUCUUUCUUUAAAUUAAACCCUUUCCCCUCUCAGUCCUGGAAAAUUCUAGCACACACUAUUCUGUUCUACCAUCUUGGUGGUUUCAGGAGGGCAGGGAACAGAAAAGCAAUUUGUGCCAAAGCAGUCUAUCCACAGACGAAUUCUUUUCAUUCCCUGUCCUAAAAUGACCAUUUAUCUGGGACAGGGAGUGCAGUUGUGUGUUAAGCUCAGGAGCUUGAAGAUGUUACUGGUGACUGGAACCCAGGGAAGGAUGUGACUAAAUGUGACAGGUAGAAAAAUGAGGCCCAAAGGAGACCAAGUUCACCAAAAAGAUAAUACGUAGGUAGGAGAGAAACGCUUAGGAAGCUGGGCUACCAUAGUGCAGCAGAAUGUAAAGAUUUGAGUGUAUCACUUAGAGUUUAGUUUAGUGGCAUAGAAUUCAAAUCCUAAAAUACCAGUGGUUUAAACAAAGUAGAAGUUUCUUUCUUUCUUAUAUAGAAGAAAUCUGAAGGUUGAUCAUCAGGGGACCUGAUGAAGUCAUCCAAACCCUAGGCUUUCUUCCCCUACCAUUAGGAUAUAACCCUCUUUGUCCUUGUCCUCAAAACCUCAGUGGUGACCACAUCUCCAGCCCUCGCAUCCAUGGUUCUUGCAGAAUAAAGGAGGGAGCAAAGACAUGUAUAUUCUCCCUGUUUAAGGAGACUUCCCAGAAGUCUCCCUCAAGCUCAACACUUCCUGUAUUUCAUUGGCUAGGCCUUAGUCACGUGACCUCGCAAGCAAAAGAGGCUGGGAAAUGUAGUCUUUUGAUUAGGCAGCUAUAGUUCAGGUUAAAUAUUUGGGUUCUGCUAAUUUAAGCAAAAAGAGAAACAUGACAAUUUUGGUAGGCAUAAAAGAAUCUCUGCCUCACGGUAAUCAUUUA